AUGCAGUUCCUCAAGUCUGUCAAAGGUCGGACCCUCUACCGGAUCAUGAGCAUUUGUUGCUCGCUGUCCUUCUGCAUGUACGGCUACGACGCCGGCGUCCUCGGAGGAGUGCAAACCACAAAACCUUUCCUUGACGCCAUGGGCCAUCCAACGGGCACAUAUGUCAUUCCCAUGAUUGCAUCCUCAUACACACUGGCGGCCGCGGUCUGCUCGUUGGCAGUCACCGUCCUCGGUAUGCCUCUGGGGCGGCGAGGCUGUAUCCUGAUGGGCGAUGCCCUCGUCAUUGUGGGAGCCAGCAUCCAAGCCUCUUCCUGGUCGGUCGCCCAGAUCAUCGUCGGUCGUGUCCUUUGCGGCUUUGGUAUCGGCUUCAUCUCCUGCAGCGUCCCCACCUACAUGGCCGAGAUGAGCAUCACAUCGAAAGAACGAGGACCUGAGGUCGCCAUCCAAUGCGUCUGGUUGAUAUCUGGGGUUUCACUCGCAUAUUGGAUCACGUUUGCUUUCACAAGAAUGACAAACCAAGUCUCGUGGCGGUUCCCCAUCGCCUUUCAAGCAUCCUUCGCCACCGUGUCCAUUAUUGGCAUGUUCUUCCUGCCCGACACGCCUAGAUGGUACUACGCCAAAGGCCGUGCCGCUGAAGGCGACAGCACCCUUAUGCGUCUCCACGAUCGCCCGCUCGAGCACCCUGCCGUCCAGGCCAUGCGAGACGAGAUCUUGGCCUCGAUCAAACUUGAAGAUGAGGACGAACAUAGAUUCAACCCUCUGGAUCUUUUCUGGGACCGAAGUGACCUUAGAGCCGGUCGCCGUAUCAGAAUAUCCUUCUUGAUUCUUUCAAUUCAGCAGAUGAUGGGCAUCAACCUGUCGGUUUAUUACUCCACAGUCAUCUUUUCACAGGUCGGCCUGUCACCGUUUCUCUCUCAACUGCUUGCGGCGGUGAUGAACACCGGUUUCGCCCUGGGAACAUUCCCUCUGCCGUGGACGAUCGAACGAUUCGGCCGCCGGGCCGUUCUGAUAUGGUCGGCGGUCGUAUUGACAAUAUGUAUGCUCGUGUUUGUCAUCAUGAUUGGCCUGCCGAACCCUACACUGUCGACGCAAUGGACGGCCGUGGCGUUUGUGAUCAUCUAUAACUUUGUGUUUGGCUAUGGCUGGAUUGGCGUCCCAUGGUUGUACGGGCCUGAGAUCGCACCGCUCAAACUCCGUCACCUCGGCGGCGCGGCCGGUGCCUUUGGCGAGUGGCUGUUCAGCUUCAUCACCGUCUUCGCCGGAGGCAUCGCGCUGCAGAACGUCGGAUGGAAGAUCUGGAUCUGGAUGCUCCUGUCCUGCGCGAUAGCCGUGCCGUUUGUAUAUUUCAUGUGUCCCGAGACCACGGGCAAAACCCUCGAAGAGAUCGACUUGAUCUUCGCAAAGCCCGAGAUCCGCGACUCGGCGCUCGCGGCGCGCAUGAUCCACGACCACCACGCCGAGACGGUGCAGGGGAAAGAGCACAUCAUCCAGCUCGAGGAGAAAGAGGACGUUUGA